AUGGUUGUGGUUGAGGGCCCUGUGAACUAUGGCGCUGGGGAGUCCUCAAUUGAGGAAGAAGGUGAACGUUUCGGAGGCCUGCUUGAAGUUGACAUUAUCAGGGCAAGUGCGAUGGGGAUGGAGUGGGAGCAUGGCAUGGAUGUCUUCGAGGAAGCAGGGUGUUCUUUGAGCUGCAUAUCAUUCCCACGACAUGAAGAAGAGUACCUGCAGGCAACAGUGGGCUCUUUUCCCUGUAUUAUGAUCCUGGGUCAGAACUGUGGGGCCAAGUGUCAUGUACUAAACAGUCUGUUGGGUGAAAAACUUUUGCCAGUCAUCAGGAGCAGCAAUGAGAAGAAGUGUAAAAGGAGACGUUUGAAGUUCACCCACGGAAAGAGGACCAGUAUUAGCCUGGCUUUGCCAGGUCAGUAUGUGUUGGUUCAUCACCUGGCAGCACACCAGGGCAAAUGGGAUACGAUUCCUGAGGAGGACCUGGAAAUCCAAGAUGAUAGUCAAGAUCCUGCACAUCGUGCAGCACAUCUGGAAGUAACAUUGCAUCAUCCGUUGUUGCAGGAAAUGGAUAUUCUCGUCCUUCCGUGCCAUGAAACUGGAGCUGAAGGGGGCAAGUUUGAUGACUGUUGGCGGCAUUCCCUUCCAAUUAUUGUCUAUGCCCUCAGUGAGGAUCGUUUCACAGCCUCAGAAGAAAGUGAGCUGCAGGAGAUGAGGCAACAUUCCUUGCCAGUUUUCUUCAUAAAGGUACCAAAACACCUGAGCGUUCUCCACCCAGACUGUCACUCCGGUCCAGACAAGGACCUCCCGGUGAAAAACUUCAAGUCUGAAAAGGAAAAAAGCUAUCUUUAUCGUCAGCUAACAAAGUUGGACUUCCUGAGUUCCAGCAUUGGUGGGCAGUCCAACUGUAGCAAAGCUCAAAGCACGUUGGUAGAACACUUCGAGAAGUUUCGGCAGCUUGGUAUCUUUGCAAAGCAAGUGGUGCAGAUGCACCUUGUGGAUGCAGCAACUGUGCUGAACGGUGUCCAUUGCCGAUGUUUGGACAUCUUCAUCAACCAGGCCUUCGACAUGCAGAGAGACUUGCAGAUCACUCCCAAGAGACUGGAGUACACCAGGGACAAAGAGAAUGAGUUGUUCCAGUCACUGAUGAGCAUAGCUAACCGGAAACAGGAGGAAAUGAGAGAUAUGAUCGUUGACACCCUCAGCAGCAUGAAGGAGGAGCUUUUGGAAGAGGCAGCAAACUUGCAAUUCAAAGACAUAAUCAUCUCUGAGAGUGGUGAGACUGUUGGCAAUAAGGACAUUAAGUGCUGCAUCAAACAGAUUCAAGAGUUGAUUAUUUCUCGGUUAAAUCAGGCCGUUGCCAAUAAACUGAUCAGUUCUGUAGACUAUCUUCGAGAGAGUUUCGUUGGGACCCUUGAACGCUGUCUCAAGAGCUUGGAAAAAUCCAACCAGGAUUCUGCCAUGAACAAUGCCACCAGCAAUCACUUGAAGCAGAUAUUAAAUGCUGCAUAUCACGUUGAGGUCACGUUCCAUUCAGGAUCAACGGUGUCCCGACUGCUUUGGGAACAAAUCAAGCAGAUUAUUCAUAGGAUGCCUUGGGUACAUCCCCCAGCUGUGACGAUUGAAUGGAAAAGGAAAAUUGCACAGGAUGCCAUUGAGAGUCUCUGUGCAUCUAAACUCGCCAAGAGCAUAUGUAGUCAGUUCCGCACCCGGCUCAACAGCUCACACGAAGCUUUUGCUGCCUCUCUACGACAGCUUGAAACAGGACUUUCAGGAAGGCUUGAGAAAACUGAAGAUCUGUGGCUAAAAGUACGCAAAGACCAUGCACCACGCUUAGCUCGUCUUUCAUUGGAAAGUCGUUCUCUUCGGGAUUUGUUGUUGCAUGGUAAACCUAAAUUAGGGCGUGAGCUGGGCCGUGGCCAGUAUGGAGUUGUGUACAUGUGCGACAGUUGGGCUGGUCACUCGCCCUGUGCACUGAAGUCAGUCGUGCCUCCAGAUGACAAGCAUUGGAACGACCUGGCACUCGAAUUCCACUACACUAGAUCUUUACCCAGACAUGAGCGACUGGCUGAUCUUCAUGGGUCAGUAAUAGACUACAGUUAUGGAGGUGGAUCCAGUAUUGCUGUCCUGUUGAUCAUGGAGAGGUUACACCGAGACCUUUAUGCUGGACUGAAGGUUGGUCUGAAGCUUGAAGUACGUUUGCAGAUUGCUCUUGAUGUUGUGGAAGGUAUCCGAUUUCUCCACCGCCAAGGACUUGUACAUCGAGACAUCAAGUUGAAAAAUGUCUUGUUGGACAAGCAGAAUCGAGCCAAAAUCACUGACCUAGGAUUCUGCAAACCUGAAGCUAUGAUGUCUGGGAGCAUCGUGGGAACCCCUAUACACAUGGCACCUGAGCUGUUUUCAGGCAAGUAUGACAAUUCUGUGGAUGUGUAUGCAUUUGGAAUCCUUUUCUGGUAUCUCUGCACUGGCACGAUUAAACUCCCAGAGGCAUUCGAAAAAUGUUCAAGCAAGGAUCAGCUGUGGAACAAUGUGAAGAAAGGUGCACGGCCAGAACGGCUACCUACGUUUGACGAGGAAUGUUGGCAGCUGAUGGAGGCAUGCUGGAAUGGUGACCCUUCCCAGAGGCCCUUGCUUGGAAUAGUUCAGCCCAUCCUACAAAGCAUCAUGGACAGACUCUGCAAAAGUCAUUCUGGGCCGCUGCGCAAAGAUGGCUCAACGUGAUGAAAUUGUGGAAGACAGUGUGGAUUUGCAGGAAUUCUCCACAGAGUGGGGAGGAAAAGAAAGCAAAGGACGAACUCAGUUUAUUGAGCAGGGUUGUUUGCAUUGAGCGCUGUAUAAGUAUUAACACUAGUUCAGCAUUAUUGUUUACCUUCUGCUAUGCAGCAAGAAAGCAAAACUUGAGAUGUUUUUAUCCAAUGUCUUAGACUUGUAGGGAUUUGCAAUAGGACCGCUUGUUGGGAAUGAUGCAAGGAACUCAUGGGCUUCUUUUUUCCAGACAGUAUUUUUGAGCAAACCUUGCCUAUGGUUCUCCCGAGUUAGCACAGAAUAUCAUUAAAAGGUGUAGAUAGGAAUGUAACUGUAUAUAUUACCUCUCUUUUCUCUAGUUCUCUGCGUUCCAGUCUGAUCCAAGUAAAAUGAUGCCUGGAUUGCAGAUAGUGGAUAAGUGUUCUUUUGCUAGGGAAGAAGGUGAAGAGGAACAGGAAGUUUGGUGGAAAAUUGGGGCCAUUUACCAUUAAUUUUGUGUCAACAGCUUCCAAUACCAGACAUGGUAGUAUUUGUUUAUGCACUACUAGCACUUGUCCUCAUUUCUCUGUCCACAAAUAGUGCCAAUUUGCACUAUUUUUACAUUUGAUAUUUUUAGCUUGGAACUCACAGCUGUUGGGAAGUAAUGCAGAGGUUCACUGUUUACCUUGUCUGUACUGCUGUAUGCUGGAUUGGAGAUGGAAAAUGGAGACGGUUGCUCCUCUGCACCUGCCUGUCUCCUUCCCAAAACCUUUUUUGAAGGUGUUGGUCAGUAGUUUCUGGACAUUGCUUGUUUUUGAUGUUGUUUUACACAAGGAUUUUUGCUACCUCUUUUUUAUUUUAAUUGCCCUAAAACAGCUCACCUUAGGAUCUUUUGCAUUAUAAUCUUUAACAAAAUAUCAAAGAACAAUAUCACUACUGCACGUAAUCAUGAAUCAGUUGAAUGAAAACUUGGAACUGAGGCUGCAAGGAAAGCAUUCAUGUCUAAAGGUGAAAGAAAUUCAUAUUUUUAUAUUUAACCCUUGCAGUAACAUGUCAAUGUUUAUAUUUAGCUACCAGCCACAUGUUUGUCCUCUAACUUCUGAUCCUAAAGUAGAAGCAGCACCUGACUGGGAAGGAGAGAAAGGUCACAACAAUAUUGACCUUCUCCUCUAGCCAUGAAAUUAAAGGAAUGGAAUGCAUUUGAAUUGAAGACUCCUGGAGCUUUCCAACAUUUAAACACUAUUGUACGUUCCAUUACUCAUAGCUCCGUUUUAACUUAUUUAUCAGUAUUUGAUUGUUCUGGAAUGGUUGCCUAUGCCAGGUUAUGUGGGCACAUGGGUUGGUUAUAAGCAAAUUUGGGAUUGUUUCAAUGUGAUGUGAGUCAUGGUAAGGGAUCUUACAAAGGAGAUGGUGAAUCAGCAGCCUUGUUUAACACUCCAUCCUAUUUUUAUGAAAAAGUGGUAUUUGGGCUCAAGAUUCUCUGUCUUCUGGCUUUUAUUUCUGGCCAAACCUAUUCACACACCCUGAUUGGUGAUUAUUUUGUUUUCUCAUCUACUGUUUUAUGCAUGUGUUUUUGUGUUAUUUUUAAAGAUGUGUAUAACUUUGUUACUUUUUCAGUGUGUUUAGCCCUGUUUCAACAUGAAGGGGCCUGUGAGAUUUGCUCCAUAGAAAUCAUCAUUUUUCUGAAGUUUCGUCCUUUGGUGCUUCCUUUCCAUAUCAAUGAAAGAUGGAGGAAUGCUUUUAACUGUGUAUUAUCAACAGGUCAUGUAUUAUAUGGGUCUUAACAUUGGUAAUGUUAAAUCUGAGAUUCUGGGCCAAAAGAACCAAUGAAUAUGGUCUGAGUGACCAGAAAUUAUCACCAAUGGGAUCAAAUUCAUCCUUAAAACACAACCUGCAAGUUUGCACUUUGACAACAGCACAUCUAGUCAAGUACGUUUUUUUUUGAACUGAGGAUUGCUUUCUAAAUUCAGCUCUCCGUCCUUCUACAGUCUACUUGAAAGUGAUGUAAACACUAACAUUAUUGCCAAGGAAAGUUAGUUGCCUUAGAAUGGACUCUUGUAGCAACUUAUUUAGUAUUUUGACCAUUUUAGUUUUGAUGUUUUGGUGUAGAAUACGAAUGAAUUGUUGAUCUUUCACUGUGUCUUGGACAGUAUUUAAUUCUGUUUUGAGAGGAUAUGGUUCGUAGGGUCAGAUAUUGGUGUAAAUGUGAGAAUGAAAGCCCCAAUCUGCAGGUCAGUGCAACAGAUUUAGUGCAGAAACAGUUUGACAAGAUGUUUUAAUAUAGGAGAUGACUGGCCUUAAUCUCUUGAGACCUGUUGUCCCAAACCUGUAGCAUCAAAUAGUGAUAGCAUAGAAUGUGGUUAUUAUUCUUUCCUGAGAAACCUUGAGGUAGCUGGAUUUGUUUCAGAUCUAAGCAUAUCACAAGGACAGCGUCACCUGGGAUAUGUAAGAAAGGUAUGUCUCUUUACCAAUGAGCGUUUUGCACUUUGAUUAGGUUGUUUUAAUCAGUAUUGCUUUUGAAACAAAAGCUUCAUUAUCUUUUCAUUGACAAAUCUUAAGAACAAAGUGGUAGAAAAAUCAAUUAUUAAAUUGGGGAGGAGCUCAGAAGGCAAAUAGAAACAUUGUGUACUUGACCCAGUAAUUCUAAAUUUUAGAUUUUUAAUUCCCAACUUGCUUUACUGCGAGAAGUUAGGUGGAGUAAUGGGCCCUAACAUGGCAUCAUCUAUCUUCACUUUCCUGUGACAGAAACCUCAAUCUGCAACAUCUUUUUGGAGAAGUCACAGUAUCCUGAAAGACUGCACUUGGACGAAUGCUCCUUACCCCAUUUAGUUUCAAUGAAUGCAGCAAACAAAUUGGACAGAAGGAGUGAAGAACUCUGGGAAUGCAUGUGAUUUUUGAAUUUUCUUAAAAAGUGAAAAGAAAGGAGCUGCUAUAUAGUGAGCACUUGCAAGUAACAAAGUAUUUAACUUAACCUUGCAGAAAACAUUUAAUCCAUCAAAACCAAGACCCAACUGGGGGAGACUGCCUGUUCACACAAGUUAAUGUUAGUUUCACUUGUGCUAUCUUAAUCCCACCUAAAUCUAGACUGUGACUCUCUGAACUUUCUUCUCUGUGCCUCGGUACCACCACCACCACCAACCAUACCUAACCCAGCCACUGUCCGAAAAGAACAACAAUGGUAUUGGCCUGAUUGUUCUGUCUGGAGAAAAUUUUGGUUGGCUUUCAAAGGCUGAUAUAUCAGACCAUAUGAUGCCGAUUUUGGUCAGAUUUUUAUUUUCUAUAUCUGUCUAUAUGUGAAUGCUAAAAAUGAGCUAUAUGAGCAAAUUCAAAUCUGCAUCUCUUAAACUUGGGAGAAGACCAUCAAAUGCUCUAAAGUUUGCAGAAAAGCACUUUGUUCGGAAUGUGGAACCAGCUCAGACCAGUGAAACGUAGAUUUGUUUUCCUCAUUCUGCUUAAAAUAUCAUGUUUUAACUGUGAUUAGACCUGGCUCAGUUCCAUGCCUUUUGCAUCCAAAUACACAGCUCAAAUCUAUCCUCAAAUUUUGCCUGGAAGAGCUGAGUGGAAUAGGAAAAUCCAAAGUAAUGAAAUAAUGGAGAGGAGCAGAGCUACUGAAUGGGUGAUAAUGUGCGUGUGGCAAAUCUUUCAUCUCUCUCUUCAGGUAAUUAAUUGCAGAAAAUGAUUGUGGACUAAAGCACGUAGUUACAGCAGACAAGGGAAAGCUUUAUUUUCCACCUGGCCCAUGCUACCCCUGACCAGGAAGCUUUGUGUUGCUGACACUAGGUGUUAAAGAAGUUCUUCCAUUCAUACCGUUGAUGUUACUCCCGUGAGCAUCAAAAAAUGAUUCUUCAAAAUUAGCAAUUUGAAUGAAGCAUUUGGAACAUGUUCACUGAUCUGUUAAACCAUAAAAAAACUUUACUUUUAUAACAUCCCGAGAUGAGAGAAAUCACUACUGAGUUGAAUACAGUUCACAGCAAAUGAUUAUCUCUUAGGAAAUAGGUGAUCUCAUUCGAUUUUAAGCAUUCUUGGCAUUACACGUCCAGGACCCUUCUCUUACUGGAGUACGUGCAGGCUCAUCUUAAAAGUAAAUGGUUAUAACUUGCAAGCAAUUAACCCUUAGCCAGUUAACUUGCACAUAGUCUUUGAAUAUGAAACUUUGCUCAUUCGUCAAGUUUUCAGAUCCACCUGCUGUGAAUGAAUCUCAGUAGUGUAUAUAGUUUUCAGUAGACAAACCUAUGCUGUGUGCAUCCCCCCGCCCCAAAGUGUUCCAGGUAAAAACUGGAGUCCAGUGUGCAAAUUUCUUUUAAAAAGUAAUAGUUUGUCUUGGCCCUCAACAUAGCUGGAUUUGUGUUGGUUUCUCAAUAGGGAGUUCAUUGGUUUAAAUACUGAGCUUUUGAUCGAAAUGAUUGUAAUGUACGUCUUGGGUUGUUGAGCUGCCGAGUCCAAAUAGGUGCUACGUACUAUCUGUAAUUGAGUCAUAUAUGAAAGUUCUAAAAAAUUAGAAGGUAGCAGCUUGCCAAGUCAUUGCAAUGAUUAAGGUUGAAUGCAGAUGGCUCUUUAGAUGUAGGACGAGAUAAGCUGAUCAUCUCUACAGCAACAAGGAACUACCAGUUAUUUUUAUAUACUUAAAAUAAAAGCACAAUGAGGUUUCUUAUCGAAUAAAAUUAGGUACUUGUUCCCCUUUAUUUCCCUUUACUUCUUUUAUAAGUAGUUGAACACCGGCUUCAAAAGCCAAAAAGGUCAACUGUUGAAGAUGAUAUAAAUAGAUUAUAACAACACUAAUUCAGAUCACUUUGAAUCUUGAUUUUUCAAUGCAGUGGUCUUAGUCCACCAGUUUUAAAUUGUAACUUAUUUAGUAAAUCUCUCCUCAGUCGCACAAGCUAACCUGUAGGAUGUUCUUGACACCUUGUUCACCACUUUCAGAAAAACUGUUUGAGGUGGGGGUUUAGUAUUGCUUGCAAGAAGCCAAGAGCUUUGUAUAAAUUGUGUUGCCAAAAUAUGGUGACAGGUUUGUCUUCCUUUUAUCACACUUCACCUGUAGAAAGAGGCUUGUGUAUUCUUUUAAAAGAAAGCACUUGGACUGUUAACUGCACUGUGUACACCCAGGCCUCUUGAGGUUACUCGGAUGCUGAGAUGAGCUGAAACCUGUUGUAGAGCACUGAAUUGCAGAGGUGGUGAGCUUAGCUCCAUCCAGUUUUAAAUUGGAAACUUUGUGGGAUAGCCAGCAGGCGUUGGGCUGCAGCAGUUUUUUUUUAAAAGACACACGUCCCCAUGCACACGUAUGACUCCUUUUGCAGAAUGAGACCAAUUGCACCUUGUUUUGUAAAUUCCCAUCUGCCAAAAGGAGUCUCUCACCUUGUGUUCAGACUGCAGGCUAGAUGGGGUGGGUACAGAAAGCUGCCUGUGUAACGCUUCAUUAAGUGAGUUAUUCCUAUCUAUUUGCUGUAUUAUCUGAACCAUUUUUGUGAUGAGGUUUUCUUUCAAUUUUUAAGACACUGCCUUUCACUGUACAUUACAAACACAUUUGAAAACUCCUGAGAUGCAUGCUCAACAAGGCUGCAUGCAGCCUUGCACCUCUUUCUUUUUUCCCCCCUCAUUUCACUGUUCAGGCAUUCUGAAUCCUUUCUCACUUCUCUAGUGAUGUUCCAAGAUGUCCAUAUGCUACAGAGGCUAACCAGUGGUUAUAUUACGGAGAUAUAACCAGCCACUUGAGUUCUCAUUCAUUGCCUGAAUAUGCACUUGUGCACAUGCUUUCAAUUCACUUGACACACCCACACCGAAGCUGUAAACUAACUAUGGUUUCUUAAUAUUUUGGGACCCUUGACAUGUUAAACUGUAUUUGUAUGAUGUACUGAACAAAAUCAAGAUAUAGUUGUGUGUAAUGUGUGAAUGUGAUGCGUGAAAAUAUUUAUCAAAGUUCAUUAAUCUUUUAACCAAAACUGCAUUGUACAGUUGGCUAAAUCGCUGCACUUUACCUCUAAUUUUGUAAUAGCAGUUAAUCGAGAAAGCUUAUUCCUUGUCCCUUAUUUCUCUCCGUUUAUGGCCUGUAUUUUAGUCCAAUUCCACAUUAAUUUACAUUUGUUUUUGGGGGGAAAUUGUCUUUUGGAUUAAUGUUAAUUGUUGUUGAGGGCCUAACUGGAGUUGUGGUUGGGUUAGUUUUCAAAUGUUCUCAACUUCAGUUCAGUUAUAAACAGUAUAUGUCACUACAGAAUCGUGAAAGGGAGGCCAAUAUAUUGACAUAACUAUAGCCAAAGUAAUCCUUAAAGGAUCUCCCUGCAGCCAUUGCUGCUACUCAGACCACUCUCACUGCAGCAGGUUCUGACAGCUAUAACACAAGGGCCUUUUGUUAGGUCUCUAUAGAAAGUUGAACUGGAUGAAUAGGAGAAUGUUCUACAAAUACUUGCAUGGUGCUGUUCUUAGGGCAGUAAUUUCUCAGCAGCUAAGUCUUGUUUUUAAAAAAACUUAAUUUUCCCCUUCCAUACUGCAUUGCCUAAGAAGUCAGUCAGGAUGCCCUAAGUUCUGUGGUGUUAUUUUGCUAAUUGUUCUCCAAUCACCGAUGAUAGCACAUGUUGAACGUUCCUGCCAUGGUUAAACCCUAGAGGAGAAGCGCUACAACUAAGAAGGGGUUUUUGUGUCUGUUUGGAUGUAAAUUCCAUCCACCAACCUUUCUAAAUGAGGGGACUAGAGGAUCAAACAACAUCUCAGUAUAUCUGUAAUGAGGGAGAAUCCUAUGAGAAAAUCUUGUUGGCCAACUGCACAAUUCAUUAGCACAAUCCUGCAUAGAACAGUUAUGUUUACUUUUUUGUUGGUACGUUCUGAUACAGGUUUGUUCUUGUUUUGAUGUAAAUGGUGACAACUUGGCAUUGUAAUGGGGAUUUUUAAAAUACUAAAACCUGCUUGGACUCUUGUGUAUUGAAAAACAACUAGUUGGGUGCAUUCUUAAUAUUUUACUAUUGUGUAUUCCUUGUAAUCUUUCUCCAAUUAAGCCAUUGAGUGAAGUUAAGAUAAAGUAUGUGUUUUAAAAAAAACCCAGUUGUUAAAAUGCCUGUGCUGUAAAAUCCUGUUUUAUAAAAAAAAAACUGAAAAAUGUAUAAAAUACAAGGUGCUAUAAUAAAGAUGAACAUUAACCGA